GGGGAAAGAGACGAGGCGAGCCCGCGGCCUUGGGUGUCUCCCUUCCGUGCCUGCCGCCAGACGCGAGCCGCGAGUGGGAUCGGCGGGUUGGUUCGCUCGUUCCUCCGACGCGUGAGCUCCGAGCCCCGUGUGACCCGAGGCGGCGACGGCGCCGUCGGCAGCGUGCAGUGCCUCCACAGACACCGGAUCGACGCGGUCGCGGCUUCGGCAGCUCCGGCUCAGCGUGCACCCGCCCGGCUUCAGUGCGUUCCGGCAGUGACCCGAGGCAGUGUGGACUGCCCUCCUGGGUGCAGUGCUCCGGCCGGCCGUUCAUCACGUAAGUGCUCCCCGGGCGGCGUCCGCGACGCGGGCGCGGGCGCGGGCGAGGGCGCGCGGCUGUCGCCCGCCGGGCCAGAGGCACCGCUUGCAUGGCCGCGGCGCUCUUCCGACGCCGACCCCGUUUCCCGGCCACCGGCUUAUUUAUGA